AUGGUUUGUGGUUUGCUUCCAUCGUUAUCUCAAACUCGUUUUUUUUGUAUAUAUAUCCUCAGUCCCAAACCAUGUUGCCCAGUGCUAUUCCUCACCCGACAAGCCCUCGAAAAUCCAUCACUCUGUAACCUACGGCCCAAUUCCACAAUAUUCUUUACAAGAAGCCUCUUCCACCUACUUUUCAGAGUAACGUUUGCCAUGCCUUCCUAUAACGGUUCCAAACAUAGUACCAUUGUUCACCAAAACCCAAGCCGCUCAUCAUCAACCUAUUACUCGAACAAUUCUUCUGGCAGCCGGCCAUCCAGCCACUCUACUCACUCACACACCACGACCUAUACGAUGGACUACUCUACCUCAUCUGGACCCUAUGGGCACGACCAGGCCCAAUACCGAUCUCCUUACGCAAAGGAUUACAAUGUCGACGUGUCAAGACAUGGCAGCACUGUUGUCAUCAAUCACCAUCGUCCCAAUCCAAGCACUGACGAGCCAAGAGCCUCAGAAUCUCGAGGUGCCUUUACUGUCUAUGGCAACAAGCACAAGGAUGAUAGGCGCAAGGAUAACAGUCGAAACUAAGGCUUGUUUGGGCGUCCGAUGUAGCAGUGAGAAAGUAUCUACUUGCAUGGUCUCGGCGUUUCUGGUGGUUUUUUGGGCAUUUUCAGGGAAAUUGUAGGAUAUAUGGGAUGGACUUCUGGACACACAACACUGUACCGUACUAGACAUCAUCAGCUGGGCGUUCAUGAUUGAGGAAUGGGCGGCUAUGGCGAUUAGGGUAGGGGCAGCUUUGACAACACUUUUCUCUUUCAUACAUUCGGGUUCAAUUAGUAGAAAAUAAUAGACAAGAGCAGCAUGGCUGCUUAGAACUGCAAAUCUGGUG